AUGGUGCCACCGGUGGAGGUGAAGCAACGCGGCAAGCCGCGUGGGAUGCGCCGAGACCGGGACUGUCACAGCUGCAAGCUGAGGAACAUCAAAUGCGACUUGAAUCGCCCGUCAUGCUCGCAGUGUCUUGAGGCCAAGAUAUCUUGCGGCGGCUAUCCCCAGCGUGUCAUAUGGGCAGCUGACCGAUUGGCGAGGGAUACCCAGGCUGCACCCUCAACAGCGUCAGCGUCGGGUUCGGGUUCGGCUUCAGCUUCAGCUUCAUCAUCAAACAACUCCUCCAAGGUUCAAAAAAGGCAGCGGAGAGAGUCCCGAUCAAAACUACCUGAUAACAAGAACACCUUGUCGCCAGAACAGGACGUCACAAAAACCCCGACUAGUGACGCCGCUACGGCAAAAAGUGAAAGCCCAGUCUUGGAGCUGCGCCGUCUUCCUGUGACGGAUCAAAACAGUUUCAUCACCAGUCUUGUCGCAUUUUGCCAACACAUCAUAUCAUCGGACGGCUCAGUCGGCGACCACGGUCAUUAUCUCUCCGCCGAGGCUGUUCGACUCAUCUCAAGACUCCACGAUCUAAUGAAGGCCCGUAUCGAGGGCCGGUCGACGGUGCCGCUGGCUGGUGGAGAGGGGUGGGACUCGAUUGAUACAGCUCGCCACCGACUUGCCGCCUUGGUUGGCCUCAACGAGGCUCUGGAGGCUGCCAAUCCGUUUGCUUUUCUGGGAAUCGCUGCGUUUGCCGUCCUGGAAGUAUGCGACAGCCCGUUUGGUGAGUGGCAGCGGCACCUCCAUGGUGCCAAAUCCCUGCUGGAUUUCCACUGCCCAGACCCGCCCGCACUGGAGAAGCUCUCCCACACGGUUACAGGCCUGACGGAGAUUGUCGCUAGAUUGGUCUGGUGGGAUACCCUCGGGGCGAUUGCGAGAGGGAGCAAGGGACUUAUAUUUGAUGACUGGCAUCGACAGACUCUUGACCAAAGACUGUUUCAGGUUGUAGGAUGCUCAGCAGACACGCUGGACCUGUUCAGCAGGGUGGCAAAAGGCGAGGGUGCCAGCAAUACAUUAAGUUGCUGUGUCAUGGCAAUGGAACAGCUCGCCAAAAUUGAUGCGGAUGAGUCUGCAUGGAGCCUUUCGGCCAAUGUCAACAGGUGCGCAUCUGCAAUUGCGAUGCUGACCCAACUGGAGGGUACUACAGACAGGCAUGUACAACGAGCGUUGGACUCGGCAGUUGAGCGAACGUGUCAACUGAUUGCUCGUAUGACGCCGUCUUCCAUAUAUUAUAUUCACGUAGCUGUCUCGGCAUACCUAGCUGGUAUGCAUGCUACCACUCUGCAUCAGUGCGAGAUAUUACGAGCCUAUUGGCAUCACUGCAACCAUGCAGGUGUACAACGGUACCCCGAUGGCUUGGCGAAAUGCGAAGAGAGAUGGAGAGCGAGGGGUUUGACUGGAAGCACAGAGUGA